AUGUUGAAGAUUGUAUUAUUGUUGUCGGCGGCCGCUCUUUGUUACGAUCCGCACGACUUUUACAAAUGUGAAUACGUGGCCGACCAGUGCUGGAACAGACAUCUGGAUCACUGUCCCGAUGGCGGCACUUGGGAUCAGACUACCCAUACAUGCAAAGCAAAGCCCACAACCACCACCACUACCACAACUACAACCACCACAACCACAGCCGCUCCCACAACCACUGAAGAUCAGGUGGACUUUUUCUGUUCCCGAGACGGAUAUAUGCCCUACGCUUUAGAUCUCCAUAAGUUCUAUCAGUGCGAGAAUGUUGGACCCCAUAAGUGGAGACUAACCCUCCAGCCCUGUCCCGCCGGGCCAUCCGGAAAUUUGGUGUGGCAUCAAGAGCUCAAGAGAUGUGAAAAUCCAUAGAUUUGAACAACAAUUUAAUGAUAAUAUUUUCCUUUAACUAUUAUUUUCAGUAUUAAUUUUACUAAAUGUAUAAUUGAAAGAAAAUACAACAAUAAAAUUUUGAUGACUUUAAUAUGCAUAAUAUGUAUACAUUAUAAUAUAAAUCUUGUAUUAUAUUAUU